AGCAAACCUUGGUCAACCUUUGCACACCCACUCUCCAUUUUACAUACAAAGCAAAACAAAAUGUAGUGUAGGUUGAUGUGUACUGUGAGAGCGGAGAGACACAAGGUGAACUCGCUGAAGCUCGAGGAAAACUACACAGACAGGUGAACAGAGCCUCAUUUGACUGCAACAAAGGGACAUGGGUUCUAUUUCAACUCUAACAUAGGAUGAUGAUGCUGCCAAUACCUUUCACUUGUUAGUGAAGCAAGGAGUCCCCCGUCACUCAACCUUGCCACCUAGUGGAACUUUGAAAGUUAAACAUCCUCCUGGUCAACAGAAAUCUUCCAGAUAACUAUCUCCCUCAUCUGGGGAGAUGCCUGCCCUACAAUAUUUUUCUCAGAUACCAUUUAUGUUGUACCUGCUGAAGAACACCCAACAUUAAGCAGCUCUUCACUGCCAGGUUGCUUAAUGACUUAAAACCUCCUUUCCAGCUACAGUUAAGAGGCACUUAAUAAGCAGGUCAUACAAAAAUGAUAUUUGACUGACGUAUGUGUGAUAUGCUCCCAUGAUCCAUUGCUACAUGUUAAAGUGGAUGCUGCCCCAAAGCAAGAGCAUCCAACAAAAAGUAUAUUGAGCAACUUAGGAGAACUGCACAAACAAAGAAAAGCCAGAUGGAAGUAUCAUCACAUACCGUGCUCGCUACAGUCACACCAACAGCAACGCAAAAUGUCACUUUGGCAGGCCAGACAGAUAAAUAUAAAUCUCACAACUGGGAGUUCCUGGUGGCCGUUGUGGUCACAGCCAUCUCCAUCUCCGUUCUCAUCGGCCUCCUGGCUAAAUGCCAGGUGGUCCGGCGUUACCUGGCAAGCUACAGGCACACACGGCUGAGGGAGGUGGACACCAUCAGUCAGUGUGAACCGUCAGGCCUGGAGGUGGAAUUUGCCAUGCAUGGAGGACGUGCCAUUAACCCCCACUGCAUCCCCCCUGUGGGCGAGGAAGAUGAUGACGGCUUCAUCGAGGACAACUACAUCCCGGCCAGUGAGAGAGCGAGGGCUGAAAGAGCUGCAGAGAACAUGGAGGACACGGAGGACACAGAAGAAGAGAUGGAUGAAAUUGAAUUUACCAUCGGUUAGCAGGUCUGUCUCUACAUCUCCUCGGCUGUAUAAACCCUGAAAAACCAAUUCCACUCCCACCUUUCUCUAUUUCUGAGUAAAAUUCAUAUAGUCAAAGUAAAAAAGGGUUUUAAAAAAUGUUAGGAAAGCAUAACAAUUUAAAUUCCAGUUUUUAAGAGCAUUCUAAUUUCAGGAAGCACAAAAUGCAUUGAUGUGAAAAGCUUUUUUGUGGCAUUAUUAGACAAUUCCUAAUAUAAGGAACCAUAAAAGUCCCAAUACAAAUAUAAAUAUGUCAUUUAUGCCAACCCUUUCUGCCAUGAUACUGACAACAAUAGCUGUUACAGUAUAGGCAUGUUUUUUGUUUUGUUAUAAGUGACAUUGAAAGGAAUGAAAAUUAUGAAACAGCAAAGCUGUCUACGAAAGGACUGAAAAAUAGGUCUUCUGUAAAUAUGAUCAUAAACCAAUCACCUUUGUAUCAGUUUUUGAAUGAUUCGAUUAACUGAUUGAUUGUUAAUUUGACAGCACAGGUUAAGAAAGACAAAGUAUGGUUUAAUCAACAAAAAAACUGUUGUGUUGAAUGUGAACAGGAACAUUUCACUUUGCACUGUCCAUUUCACUACUACUAUAUAUUUCAUAGCACUUGGAGUAGCAACACAAGGACAUUGGGAUGGUCUGAGGUGAUGAUAUGUUCUUCAUAACAAAGUUUCAAGAUGUAUAUCUUUUUAAAUUAUAUUACAACAUCAAAGUAAAUGGUUAUGUUUGCUUAUUUAGGACUACAGCGUGCCUUUUACAGAUGUUUGAAUGUUUGCACAAAAGGUACAACUACUGCUAGAAAAAUAUGUAGGCCGGCUCAAUUAUAGUAAGCAUUAGCCUAGGGCCUAGGCCUUCAAGUAAUGACUUACCCUCCCCUUGGCUUCUAUAUUUAUAAUGGAAAACGUUGGGCUACUGACUGAUGUGCAUGAAAUCAAUGAAUUCACUCUGUAUAGGCUAUUUAUUGUAUUGGACAGUGUGACUUCAAUACAAAUAAAAAGUGUCAGAACUUAGAAGUGUCUACAUGGGUAAUUUUUGAAUCCAUACCAUUGGACUCCAAAACUUCUGAGGACUAGUGUCACCAGCGUUCGUAUGGGAUU